CGACAGCGCACAACUUUUGCCAAUAUUUCAUCUACCACUUCUAGUACAACCUUCAAUCUCCAACUUUCUUCCUGCUGUCGGUAACAAAAGGCUGCUCAGCAUUUCGCUCCUACUGCGCACUGAAGAAAUGCCUACCUACGAUUCGGGCGCGUCCUCGGACGCGGUCGAUCGCCAGUAUUGGGUGAGCGGCGGGUAUUCGGCGGGCGGUCCGGAUGAGUCCAGCAGCCACGAACAGGAGUCCAGUUCCCAGACUGAGGAGGCCCCUUCCGAGGCUGAGGAGUCCAGUUCCGAGGCUGGUGGCGACCUCGGUGGCCUGCUGGACAUCGAGGCCUCCGAGGCGGACAGCGAGUCGGAAAGCGACGACGCGGAGGAGUCGGACGAGCAGUCACUCCUCGACGGCACUGCGCCCGUCAGCUUCUGGGACGGUAUCGACUUCCCGCAGUUCUCGCUCCUGCCGCCCGAGCUCCGCGCACUCAUCUGGGAGUGCUACCUCGACUCGGUCCUUCAGGGCCCCCGCGUCCUGGAGUUCCAGGUCACCUUCGCAGACAGCAACUACUGGACUCCGAUAACCACCCCCGGGCUCGACGCGCAGAUGCUCCCUGUCAUGCGGGCCACGCGCGUGAACCAUGAGAGCCGAGCUAUCGUUCGCAAGAAGUUCCCCGAUCAACUGCUGUACGGUGGAGAAAUGGCCGAAUACUCGGUGCCGUUUGACGCAAAGACGGAUCUCGUCGCCAUCAGCUUCGUCAACCUCUGGCGUGACUGUCGGCAUGAGUUCCUGCACCCCGACCGCGACCAGCCGAUGUAUAAGAUCGACUUCGCCAUCCCAGGGUUCACAGACAGGAUCAAGAAGCUGGUCAUUUCGGCCGACGACAUUAUUGGAACCACGGCCCUGGCCUCCACCGAUUGGACCGGUCCCUGGGCCGUUUUGGGGUCGUUUCCGAACCUCGAGGUCAUCUACGAGAUGCAUAGCUCUUCGGGUGGCUUUCGCAAGCUUGACUACAGCUUGCCACUUCGAACCUACGACACGGGUAUCACGGAGCUCGACGAGGCUGGCUUCCCGCACCAUUACCACAGGUAUCUAGCUUGGCCUGAUCUGGAUUGCCCCGGCAUGGAGGACUCUAUGGAGGUCAAGGAUACAAGCGACCUGCUGCUGGAUUUCGAAGCAAUGAAUGGCGACAUGUGGGACCUGGUCCCAGAAUGCAGUCGCGGCAUCAAAAUUUUGCCGAUGGUGGAGUUCGCAGGCGCUUUCGGACUUGAGAGGAUGGUGGAGGCCGGAUUGGCCGACUUUGACCAUCCCUCCGCCCGCCCGUCGAGCUGGGGAGACUCCGUCUCAGACUCGGACGAAGAUCGGAGUGGAGAUUCGGGCCACGACGAUGACGAGUAUGACAGCGAGAUGGACGACUUCAUUGACGACAGCCCCGUCGUCGACUUUGAAGGGACGAGCGACCUCCUGGACUCCGAGGCGGUGGCGGCCGAUGGCGACGACGACCUUGACGACCUUGACGACAACCCUGACAACGCCGGCCUCUCCCAUGGACCUGCCGACGAUUUUGUCGGAUUUUCGCCUGUCGACCUUACGGGGGACAGCGAAGUUGGCGACGACGACCAAGAUGAUCAGGAUUUGCGUCCGGCUAAGAGACGGAGAGCUAGGCAGAUCAUUUCGGAAGACGAGGAUGACGACCUCGUCCUCCCACACGACCACGCCGACAAUUUUGGCGGGUUCUCGCCCAUUGACCCCGGCAGUGGCAGCGAAGUUGGCGACGGCGACGACGGCAAGGGUCAGAGUCCGCGUCCGUCCAAGAGACGGAAAGCUAGGCAGAUCAUCUCCGAGGACGACGAUGACGACGCUGAGGACGCGCGCCCGGCCAAGAAAGUCAAGACUCGACAGGUAGUGGUAUCUGACAGCGAGGACGACACCUCUACCGAUUCUGAAGAGGAUGCGCCGAGGCUCCAACGCGGACGUCCUCGAGUGCCGGACUCUGAGAGCGAGGAUGAGGAUUCCGAUGCAGCGAUUGUCAACUCACGCAAGAGGAAGAGAGCGGUCCACACCAUCACGGUUUCCGACUCGGAGGACGACGCUGCGGACGCAGCCCCCGUCAACCCACCCAAGAGGAAAAAGGCAGUCCCCGCUGUGGUGGUGUCGGAUUCGGAAGAUGACGACUCAAGCGAGGAGAUUCAGGAUAGUGAUACCAGCCAAGAGGAUGAAGAUGACGAGGAGGACGACAGCAGGCCCUUGACCCUGGCUGAGAAGCUCGGCAUGCACAGUCGGGCGAACCCCAUUGACCUCACGUCUGACAAUGAGGAGUCGUCCGUUGACAUUGCCCCGGCGCGCCGUGGUUACGGUCACAGCUACGAGGACGAGGAUGACGAGGAUGAGGACGAUGAUGAGGAUCAGGACAAUGGCAAUGGCCGCUGUGAUGGCUACCCAGAUUCUGGAUCCGAGGAGGAGGAUGAGGAGGAGGAUGAGUACUAGAUGCACUGCACACGAGGCUGUGCUUAAGCGCGUAUAACCACGAGCAAGAUGUGAUUGGGGAGGAUGAUGGUAAUGAUGGCUGCAACGUCUAGCCCGAUUCUAGCCGGAGGGGUCUGUCCCGGGGAUGAUGCGUAUUAGGGACGCAGUAUGGCAACUGCGUUUGAUGUGCCUGGACGGAUGUGAUCUUUGUGGUAGUGCAGCAGUUAGCCUUCGCAGUCACAAAAACAGGGUAGUCUCAAUUGCCUGAAAUAGCUUGCGAAGGCCCACGAAAACGAUGUGAACUGUGCCCGUCUAGCCGAUUUGUAUGUUUGCCGUUGGAGGCAAAAAAUAGGAGUAGUUAGCUCAGCUAAGGUGGAGGCUGAAAUAAUUCCCCAAUUUGGCCAAACGGCCCAUUGUUUCCC